AUGUUGUGCGCAAUCUCCGGAGAAGCGCCGUCCGUCCCAGUCGCGUCGACAAAGUCCGGCGUCGUCUUUGAGAAACGCCUAAUCGAAGCCUACAUCGCUGAACACGGCAAAGACCCCGUUACCGGCGAAGACCUAACUACCGCGGACCUCGUCGAGCUGAAAUCCUCCCGAACUGUCCGUCCGCGCCCACCAACACUCACUAGCAUCCCAUCUCUCCUAGCAACCUUCCAGAAUGAAUGGGACGCCCUUGCACUCGAGACACAUACGCUGCGGCAACAGCUGACCCAAACGAGGCAGGAGCUCUCGACGGCGCUGUAUCAACAUGAUGCUGCGACAAGGGUUAUUGCAAGGCUGUUGAAGGAAAGAGACGAGGCUAGGGAAGCUCUGAGUAAGAUUAGUAUUGGGGCAGGAAGUGGACCGGCGGCGCCAGUGGCAGCUGGUGGCGCCGACGCGAUGGAAGUUGAUGAUGCGGGAGUGGUGCCACAGAGUGUACAAGAUUUGGUGGAUGAGACAGCAAAAGUUAAAUCCGGUGGAAGAAGAAAACGUGCCGUCCCUGCAGACUGGACAACAGCAGAGUCAGUAUCAGGUUUCUCGACUCUCUUUGUCUCGGAGCCAUUGUACCCCGGGUGCAACUCUAUCGACCUCGAUGUAUCUGGCGAGCUCGCGCUUCUUGGUGGCUCCGACGGCGUGGCAGGUAUCUACUCAAUCCCGCAGCAGUCACUGCUGAGCCCACUUAAGAGCGACGACGGGGCAGUUGUGGAUGCGCUGUGGGCGGGUAACAAGGCCAUCACUGGGCACUCUUCGGGUGUAGUUAGGGUAUGGGACGAGGCGGGUAACGGGAGCACCACAAUGCGGACCCAUGCCGGUGAAGUUAAGGCGCUGGCAUUGCACCCCAGUGAGCGCAUUCUUGGAAGCGUGGGUGCGGACAAGAGCUGGGUGCUUUAUGAUAUUGAGGCGGGGAAGAAGGUCGUGCAGAUCUAUGGCGAGUCUGAGCUAACAUCCGCGCAUUUCCAUCCCGACGGUCGCCUUUUCGCAACUGGUACUGGUAACGCCGUCAACAUCUACGACGUACGCACCGCCACUCUUGGCGCCACCUUCGGACCCCUCACCGGCCCAGUUUCCUCCCUCCACUUCUCAGAAAAUGGAUACUGGCUUGCCCUCUCCGUGAAAGAUCAGUCAUCAGUUGAGAUCUGGGAUCUUCGCGAGCUGACACAGACAAAGGCGAUUGAUGUGGGGACCCGCGUUGACAAUGUCCGCUGGGACUACACUGGACAGUUUAUUGCCACGGCGGGACCAAGCGGAGUUAGCGUGCAACAAUACCAGAAGAAGGGGAAGACUUGGAGCGAGCCCUUGAGGGUCGGCGUGCCUGCUGUGGCCACGGCCUGGGGACCAAGGGCGGGAAGCCUAGUCACGGUUAAUAAAGAGGGUAUUAUCACGGUUUUGGGAGCGAAAUAA